AUGUGUCGUGCCACAAAGGCACAAAUAAACACGGCAGAGCUCAGCCUCCUAGCACCUGAACAUGCAGUGGAGGGCGUUUUCUACGUGAACGACCCGCUGGAGAAGCUGAUGUUCGAGGAGCUGCGCAACGCGUGCCGCGGCGGAGGUGCGGGAGGCUUCUUGCCUGCGAUGAAGCAGAUUGGGAAUGUGGCAGCGUUGCCUGGCAUCGUUCAUAGAUCUAUAGGCCUCCCAGAUGUGCAUUCAGGCUAUGGAUUUGCCAUUGGCAACAUGGCAGCCUUCGAUAUGAAUGAUCCCGAAGCAGUGGUGUCGCCAGGUGGUGUCGGGUUUGACAUCAACUGUGGUGUCCGCUUACUCCGUACAAAUUUGGACGAAAGUGACGUACAGCCUGUGAAGGAGCAGCUUGCCCAGGCUAUGUUUGACCACAUUCCUGUUGGUGUGGGCUCCAAGGGUGUGAUCCCCAUGAAUGCCAAGGAUUUGGAAGAGGCUCUAGAAAUGGGGGUGGACUGGUCUCUCCGGGAAGGCUAUGCCUGGGCAGAGGACAAGGAGCACUGUGAGGAGUAUGGAAGAAUGCUGCAGGCUGAUCCCAACAAGGUUUCCUCAAGAGCAAAGAAGAGGGGCCUCCCUCAGCUGGGGACCCUGGGAGCAGGGAACCAUUACGCCGAGAUCCAGGUUGUGGAUGACAUUUACAACGAAUACGCAGCCAGGAAAAUGGGCAUCGACCACAAGGGGCAGGUGUGCGUGAUGAUCCACAGCGGCAGCAGGGGUUUGGGCCACCAGGUUGCCACAGACGCACUGGUAGCUAUGGAAAAGGCCAUGAAACGGGACAAAAUCAUAGUGAACGAUCGCCAGCUGGCGUGUGCCAGGAUCGCCUCUGCAGAAGGCCAGGAUUACCUGAAGGGAAUGGCAGCUGCUGGGAACUACGCUUGGGUCAAUCGCUCUUCUAUGACUUUCUUAACACGACAGGCCUUUGCCAAAGUCUUCAACACUACCCCAGAUGACCUCGAUAUGCAUGUUAUCUAUGAUGUUUCUCACAACAUUGCCAAAGUGGAGCAACAUGUAGUGGAUGGAAAAGAGCGGACGCUGCUGGUGCACAGGAAGGGAUCCACCAGGGCCUUCCCCCCUCACCAUCCCCUUAUUGCUGUUGAUUAUCAACUGACUGGGCAGCCUGUGCUGAUUGGUGGGACCAUGGGUACCUGCAGCUACGUCCUUACUGGCACGGAGCAAGGCAUGACAGAGACCUUCGGAACUACUUGUCAUGGAGCUGGUCGUGCACUGUCUCGAGCCAAAUCUCGACGUAACUUGGACUUCCAGGAUGUAUUGGACAAGCUGGCCGACAUGGGCAUUGCCAUCCGUGUUGCAUCUCCCAAGCUGGUUAUGGAAGAAGCACCAGAGUCUUACAAGAACGUGACAGAUGUGGUUAACACCUGCCAUGCAGCUGGCAUCAGCAAGAAAGCCAUUAAAUUGAGACCUAUUGCUGUAAUUAAAGGCUAGGAACCGACAAGGCUGCAGAAACCUACAGACAUCUCCAGGCCUUCCACAAAUCUGACUAGAAUCUUCCCGCACCUCUUGGACUCUGUAGGAUGCUCAGAUACCAACCACGUCCAUGUCCUGGAAACACAGGCACUUGAGGAUGCCCCUCUCUCUAACCACUCCUAGAGAAAAUUAGUGCCCCCCUCGCCUUUCCUUUUUAUAUGAUGCUCUUUUCUUAUGAUGAAAGAGCAAAAACUAGUUCUGAUUUUAUAUGCGGUCCUUUCCCCAGCUGUGCCUGGU